CAUUUGCUUCUUGAGACAUCUUGAACACAGUAUCACACCUCUGUCAACUUGUAAAGCUUUUGUUCUUGAUGGACUUUAGCUCUGCUGCGUCUGUUUGAACUGGAAGUUUGAUCAUUAACGUUCAUUUGUUCUCAAUAUCAAAUACGCAACAGCGUUUUAUCUGUAACCUUUGGGCAGAAUUGUUGUGUUUUCAGAGUUCAGUCACAUUUGAGGUAAAAAAAAAAAAAAAGGGGGGGUGCAGUUAUCAAAACCUGGGGUCAUGUAAUCUGGUGUAGUCUAUUACACAACCUCAUGCUGUUAUAUCCACAAUGGACCUUGACUCUGCAGACACGCUCAAGUCAGUCCAGAGAAACUUAAGCUUACCUGGAGCGUCCAGUGUUGACUGAGAAAGGAUCGCCACUGCAUUAGCUUAUUUCAUUAUCUUCAUCAAGAAGACACAUCUACAGCUAAAGAAUUGUAGCAAUGGUGUCAACUGACAACCCAAUGACGUAUUUAUUAGAGGUAAUCCUGUCACAUCUGGUCUUAACCUCUGCUUUACUUCUGGCCGCUCUCACUGCCGUCCGCUGGCACAUCAGAGACUCCUACAAGGUCGGUGGCUUCAGCCAGAAGCAUGUGUUCGUCACGGGCUGCGACAGUGGCUUCGGGAAUCUGCUGGCCAGACAGCUGGAUCGAAAAGGUUUCCACGUCAUAGCCGCUUGUCUCACAGAGAAAGGUGCGGCAGAUCUGGCAGCGGAGGCCUCCCCCAGACUGAAGACCCUCCUGCUUAAUGUUACAGACAGCGAGAGCAUCGGGAGGGCGGUGGAGUUCGUGAGCGGAGAGGUCGGAGAGCGAGGUCUGUGGGGGCUGGUCAAUAACGCUGGCAGGUCCACGCCCAUCGGCCCAACAGAGUGGAUGCAGUUGGAGGAUUUCACAAAGGUUUUGGAUGUGAAUCUGAUAGGAGUCAUUGAGGUGACUCUCCAGUUUCUGCCGCUGCUGAAGAAAGCCCAGGGCAGGGUGGUAAACGUGGCCAGUAUUCUGGGCAGACUGUCCCUCACUGGUGGAGGAUACUGCCUGUCCAAAUGUGGAGUGGAGGCCUUUUCUGACAGCCUCAGGAGGGACAUGCAGCACUUUGGUAUCAAAGUGAGCAUUAUCGAGCCUGGUUUCUUCAAGACAGGAGUGACUCGGCUGGAUCUCAUUGAAGCCGACCUGAGGAGGCUGUGGACUCGGCUCCCUCAAGAUGUCAAAGCCUCAUAUGGAGCCAAAUACUUUGAAGACUAUGUGAAAGCUCAGGGCUUCUCCAUGGGUAUCUUGUGCAGUCCAGAUAUCUCCAAGGUGACCGGGUGUAUGGAGCACGCGCUGACAGCUUAUUUCCCUCGCACACGUUACGGUGCGGGCUGGGAUGCCAAGCUUUUUUGGAUUCCUCUGUCUUAUAUGCCUUCAUUUGUUACAGACUUUGUUAUCAGCGUGCUUCUUCCUUCACCUAAAGAUGAGAGAAACAUCUAGCAGACAACCACUGCCACUGUAAAACAGUUUGUAUGUUUUUUUUCCCUGUCUGCA